UUAAGCGUGGCUCAGUCUCUCUCCUCUCCUCCUCAGUCUCUCUCCUCUCCUCCCCAUGCAGCAGUUCAUCAGUGUCUGGGUUCGGGAUCCGCGGAUUCAGAAGAAUGACUUCUGGCAUGCCCACAUGGACUAUGAAAUCUGCAUACAUACCAACAGUCUCUGCUUCACUAAGAAGAUCUCCUGUGUGAGGAGAAGGUACAGUGAGUUCGUAUGGCUCCGGCAGAAGCUACAGGCAAACUCACUACUCAUGGUCCAACUACCUGAACUACCUCCUAAGAACCCUUUCUUCAGCCUGAACAACGCCCAGCAGAUCACAGAGAGGAUGAAGGGCCUCCAGAAGUUCCUUGAACUGACCCUGGAGAGUAAUCUGCUUCUGUCAGACAGCUGUCUGCACCUCUUCCUGCAGUCAGACCUGGGGGUGUCCAAGAUAGAGGCCUGCGCCUCAGGGAGAAGCCAUUACUCUGUGUCCCAGGCCGUGCUGCGCUGUGGCUGCAAACUGCAACGCUUCCACUCCCAGGAGGACCUGUUAGAGACCAGCCGCAAGGAGUCCUGUGACUCCGACUCUGUUAGUGUGUUUGUAGAGCCGGAGCCCAGCAGUAAAUAUGGAACUGCCUCCUCACCACCAGAGUACCUAGCUCUGUCUCUGCCUGAUAGGACCAGACUUAACCACAACCAGGAAGAGACCCUAGCUCUGUCUCUGCCUGAUAGGACCAGACCUAACCACAACCAGGAAGAGACCCUAGCUCUGUCUCUGCCUGAUAGGACCAGACCUAACCACAACCAGGAAGAGACCCUAGCUCUGUCUCUGCCUGAUAGGACCAGACCUAACCACAACCAGGAAGAGACCCUAGCUCUGUCUCUGCCUGAUAGGACCAGACCUAACCACAACCAGGAAGAGACCCUAGCUCUGUCUCUGCCUGAUAGGACCAGACCUAACCACAACCAGGAAGAGACCCUAGCUCUGUCUCUGCCUGAUAGGACCAGACCUAACCACAACCAGGAAGAGACCCUAGCUCUUUCUCAGCCUGAUAAGACCAGACUUAACCACAACCAGGAAGAAGACACUCUCAGCAUGUCUAUCUCUCCAUAGGAACAUCACCGCCAAUCAGGACAUGCUAACUCACAAUAUCUGCAUCCCAAAUGUCACCCCGUAUGGCUCUGGUCAAAAGUAGUGCACUAUGUAGGCCAUAGGGUACCAUUUGGGAUUCAGCCAAUACUGUGUUUGCUCUCAUUCAUCUUGAAAUAAGGCUUGCACACAGCUUUUUGUCAUCCAUUUCUCAAAACUACUGUCACCGUCUUUCUGCCGUCAGAACAGUUUUUUUACUUCAUUUUCCCAGAGAAGAUGGUGAGGGAAUAUAUGUGUUUAUGUCUGUCUAGUUUUGUUAAAUAAUAUUUGUAAAGUCCAAAAAUCUGAAAGAUAUUUGUCCCUGGAAUUAUAUAGGAUACCU